AUGUAUCCUGCCCGGCGACGCGAUGUACCAGCGCGGAUGUCUUUUGAACACGCCGUCGCCCCCUCAGUUGGCCGCGCGAAUCGGGUUUCGCCUCCCUGGGUCUUCGCCAUGGGUGACCAGUGCUUCCGCGCCGGUCGCGCGUCGAUGGGCUUCAUGCACUUUGUUUGUUCUUAUGAAAGCGGUGACUAA